GAGAUUGUGAAGGAGUAUAUUAGGUGAUCAGCUGGCUCCUUUUUAAAGGUAUAUUUAUUUUUAUUUUUUUUCCAAGCAAAAGCCAGUGUAAAAAAAAAAUAAAAAAAUAAUAAUCAUAUAUGUAUCUAUAUGUACAUUGGAAAUCAUAGACAGCUCCUGAAAAUGGAUACGUAAUAUGAGAAAAGGGAUUCUCGUUUGAAAACUAUUUUUGGGCGAUUUGCUCCAUUUCUGUUGAUCUGAACGCUUAUCGUCUGUGGAUUUCUCUGCACCCGCCCUGGUGUCUCUUCAUUGGAAGCUCUUGGCACGAGAAGGCAUCUUCUGCUGGUAAAAAGCACUUCAUGACUAAACCGGUGUUUGAAAGGAUAAGAUGCAAACCACAACCUAGUCUUAUUAUGGUCAGUCUGAUCAUACAGAAGAGAACGUAUCUGAAGAUGUGUCGAUUGUAGAACCAAGCUUCAUUUGGAAGUCUCUGCAAAAUACCAAGAUUUCUGUCAGGAAUGUAGCCACAGACCUUUAGCAUCCUGAAGAGAGGUAUGCUCUCCCCCAUACGAAAGGUCUUGAAAGUUUCCUGAUUUUGAAUAUUGGUAAUUUUGCAUACAAUUUAUGUAAUUUGAAAAGUGAACAUUUGGAUCCAGGAAACAGAAAAAAACAAACAAACAAAAACAAAACGUGAAGCAAGUGAUCUGCAGACACAUUCAUCAAAGGAAACAAAAACAUUGAAGAGGCAGUUCCAAAUCAUACCUAAGAGCAAUGUGGUCACUACAGCUGCUGUUUUUCAUCACAAUUUCAGAAGCACUAACAUAUGCUUUUAGCCGUGCUCCAAUUCCAAUGGCAGUGGUCAGAAGAGAGCUGUCGUGUGAGAGCUACUCACUCGAUCUCCGUUGUCCAGGAACAGAUGUGAUCAUGAUUGAAAGUGCCAAUUAUGGUAGAACUGAUGAUAAAAUUUGUGACUCAGACCCUGCACAGAUGGAAAAUAUCCGUUGCUAUCUUCCAGAUGCCUAUAAAAUUAUGUCUCAGAGAUGCAAUAACCGUACACAGUGUGGAGUUGUAGCUGGACCAGAGGAAUUUCCUGACCCGUGCCCAGGUACCUAUAAAUACCUGGAAGUCCAGUAUGAAUGUGUCCCUUACAAAGUGGAACAAAGAGUUUUUCUCUGCCCCGGGUUACUUAAAGGAGUUUACCAGAGUGAACAUUUAUUUGAGUCUGAUCAUCAGUCUGGAGCUUGGUGUAAAGAUCCUCUACAGGCAUCUGAUAAAAUAUAUUAUAUGCCUUGGACGCCUUAUAGAACAGAUACCUUAACGGAAUACUCCUCAAAAGAUGACUUCAUAGCUGGACGACCAACUACAACAUACAAGCUUCCUCAUAGGGUAGAUGGCACGGGAUUUGUUGUCUAUGAUGGAGCAUUGUUUUUUAACAAGGAACGCACAAGGAACAUUGUAAAAUUUGACCUUAGGACAAGAAUAAAAAGUGGAGAGGCUAUUAUUGCUAGUGCCAAUUAUCAUGAUACGUCCCCCUAUAGGUGGGGAGGUAAAUCGGAUAUUGAUCUUGCUGUUGACGAGAAUGGGCUGUGGGUAAUCUAUGCAACAGAACAAAAUAAUGGUAAGAUUGUUGUUAGCCAACUGAACCCUUACACUUUGAGAAUUGAAGGAACCUGGGACACGGCCUAUGAUAAACGAUCUGCGUCCAAUGCAUUCAUGGUUUGUGGAAUAUUGUAUGUGAUAAAAUCUGUAUACGAAGAUGAUGAUAAUGAAGCAACAGGAAAUAAAAUUGACUACAUUUAUAACACUGACCAAAGUAAAGAUGGCUAUGUAGACAUACCUUUUCCGAACUCAUACCAAUAUAUCGCAGCUGUUGAUUAUAACCCUCGGGAUAAUUUGCUUUAUGUUUGGAACAAUUACCAUGUAGUAAAGUAUUCUUUGGAUUUUGGAAUCCUGGACAGUGCAUCUGGUUUCAUUUCCUAUGUCGCUCCUUCUAAUCAUUUAGACUCUGGUGUAGAGAAGUUUCCUGCUAAAGAAGCUUCCCCAUCAAAAAUAUUUAUUGGUGCAAGUACGACUACAAGUACUACACAUAGAAUUACAACAACGAGUACCGGAAGAACAACAACUGCAACAAUAAUAUCAAGUCGCAGAAAUCGAAGUACUACCACAUUAGCUCCUGUGGGUGAAGUGCCUAUUGAAGUAACCACACGCCCAGCUCCUGCCUCAUCUCAACUUCCGGCUAUUGGUUCCGAAAGUUGUGAACCUAUAGAAGCCCGUGAAAUCAUGUGGUUCAAGACUCGCCAGGGGCAAGUGGCUAAACAGCCUUGUCCUUUAGGGACUGUAGGCGUAGCAACAUAUAUUUGCAUCACUCCUGAUGGUAUAUGGAAUCCUCAGGGCCCUGAUCUCAGCAAUUGCUCAUCUCCGUGGAUUAAUCACAUUGGACAGAAGUUAAAGUCAUUAGAAACAGCGGCCAACAUUGCGAGAGAACUGGCAGAAUAUACGAAAGGACAUCUCAAUGCAGGAGACAUUUCAUAUUCUGUUAGAGUCAUGGAUCAGUUGGUUGAUUUACUUGAUGUCCAAUUAAGGAAUUUGACUCCUGGUGGAAAAGACAGUGCGGCCCGAAGUUUAAAUAAGCUUCAGAAAAGGGAGCGUUCUUGCAGAGCAUAUGUCCAGGCAAUGGUUGAGACGGUUAAUAAUCUACUCCAGCCCCAAGCUCAGAAUGCUUGGCAAGACUUGACUGUAACUGACCAGCUGAGAGCUGCAACCAUGUUACUCGACACUGUUGAAGAAGGAGCAUUUGUAUUGGCUGACAACCUCCUAAAAACGGACAUUGUGAGAGAGAACACAGAUAAUAUCCAACUUGAAGUUGCUAGACUAAGCACCGAUGUAAAUUUGGAAGAUCUGAAAUUUCCACAGGACCAAGAACACGGAAGCUCUAUACAGCUAUCCUCGAACACACUUCGACAGAAUGGAAGGAAUGGAGAAAUAAGAGUCGCAUUCGUCCUGUACAACAAUCUGGGUCGCUAUCUAUCUACAGAUAAUGCCACCAUGAAAUUAGGAAUGGAAGCCUUAACGACAAAUCAUUCCGUCAUUGUCAAUUCUCCUAUUAUUACCGCGGCAGUUUAUAAAGAAUCAAUCAGCAAGGUCUACUUGGCUGAUCCAGUGGUGUUUAGUGUCAAGCACAUUAAGCAAUCUGAAGACAAUUUUAACCCAAACUGUUCAUUCUGGAGUUAUUCCAAAAACAACAUGUCUGGACAUUGGUCAACGCAAGGCUGCAGACUUUUGACAACUAACAAGACACAUACAGUAUGUUCUUGUAAUCACUUAACCAACUUUGCUGUGCUUAUGGCACAUGUUGAGGUUAAGCACAAUGAUGUGGUUCAUGACCUUCUCUUAGAUGUAAUUACGUGGGUUGGAAUCCUGCUUUCCCUUGUCUGUCUUCUGAUAUGUAUUUUCACAUUCUGUUUUUUCCGUGGCCUUCAAAGUGAUCGCAACACCAUUCAUAAGAAUCUUUGUAUUAGCCUUUUUGUGGCUGAAUUGCUUUUCCUUAUAGGCAUCAACCGAACCGAUCAGCCGAUUGCAUGUGCAGUAUUUGCUGCCCUCCUCCAUUUCUUCUUCUUGGCGGCUUUUACUUGGAUGUUUCUAGAAGGAGUUCAACUCUAUAUCAUGCUCGUUGAGGUCUUUGAAAGUGAACAUUCAAAAAGAAAAUAUUUUUAUGUUGUGGGCUAUGGAAUGCCUGCGCUUAUUGUGUCUGUAUCUGCAGCUGUAGAUUAUAGAAGUUAUGGAACAGACAAAGUAUGUUGGUUACGACUUGAUACCUACUUUAUUUGGAGUUUCAUCGGACCAGCAACGUUAAUAAUCAUGCUUAACGUGAUCUUUCUUGGAAUUGCUCUUUUUAAAAUGUUUCAUCACACUGCCAUAUUGAAACCUGAAUCAGGAUGCCUUGACAAUAUCAAAUCGUGGGUUAUAGGUGCAAUAGCUCUCCUCUGCCUACUGGGACUGACUUGGGCUUUUGGCCUAAUGUAUAUUAAUGAAAGCACAGUCAUUAUGGCCUACCUCUUUACAAUAUUCAAUUCUCUACAGGGAAUGUUUAUAUUCAUUUUCCAUUGUGUCCUUCAAAAGAAGGUCCGAAAAGAAUAUGGAAAAUGCCUACGUGCACAUUGCUGUAGUGGUAAAAGUACAGAGAACUCAAUUGGUUCUGGAAAAUCAUCUAGUUCUCGAGCUCCAACCCGGUACUCCACUGGCUCACAGGUAAACAAUAGUCGAAUUCGAAGAAUGUGGAAUGAUACCGUUAGAAAGCAGUCUGAGUCUUCCUUUAUUACCGGGGAAAUAAAUAGCUCAGCUUCUCUUAACAGAGGAGCCAUGGCUAACCAUCUUAUAACCAAUGCUCUUCUUCGUCCUCAUGGCACUAACAAUCCUUAUAAUACUUUGCUCGGGGAAUCGGCAGUCUAUAACAACCCUUCUGUCAGCACGUACAACACACAAGAGGGACUUCUGAACAAUGCCAGGGAUACAAGUGUCAUGGAUACUCUACCACUGAAUGGUAACCAUUGCAACAGCUAUAGCAUUGCAAGAGGAGAAUACCUAAGCGACUGUGUACAAAUUAUUGAUCGUGGCUUUAACCAUAAAGAGACCACCUUAGAGAAAAAAAUUCUGAAGGAACUGACUUCUAAUUGUAUACCUUCCUAUAUGAACAAUCACGAAGGGUCAAGUGAACAGAACAAGAACUUAAUGAACAAACUUGCGGACAACACUAAUAAAAUAAACAAGGACAACAUAAUAAUUCUUGAUGAUACCACCUCUUUUAGUCAUGACGAAAGUCUAGGCCUAGAACUUAUACACGAAGAGUCUGAUGUUCCCUUGCUGCCAUCACAAGUCUACAUUACAGACAAACAUCAGUCUCAUCACUUCAACAGAAGAUGGAUUCCACCAGAUAACAGUGAGAGUUUUUUCCCCUUACUAACAAAUGAGCACACUGAAGAAAUUCAAACACCCAAAAGGGAUUCUAUUUACACCAGUAUGCCUACAUUAAUUGGCUUGGCUAUCACAGAAAACCUUAAUAGCAACACCCAGACUGAUUCCCCGCCAGCCACAAGUAGUGAAACAGAUGAUGUUUACUAUAAAAGCAUGCCAAACUUGGGCACACAAAACUAUAUACAUCAACUUCAUACUUACUAUCCACUAGGCCGAGGAAGCAGUGAAGGAUUCAUAGUCCCAUCAAACAAAAAUGGAACUUCCUCGGAAGGAGGCGGCAAAGGAACAACUCACCUAGUCACAAGCCUAUAGAAGAAAAGCAAAAAAAAAAACACAAAAAAAAAUGAAAAAAAAACAACAAAAAAGAAAAAAAUCAAUCAAACAAAUCCUAAAAUCUGGUUUACUUUUCUGAUUUAAUAUAAGCAGUGGUAAUAUUGUGUGUGCUCCUAAAUCUUUAUGCUGUUAUAAAAACUGUAAGCCUUUUUUUAUUGGAAUAAUGGAAUUUUUAAUUUUGCCUAAAGGAUGUCUGUGGAAUAUUACCUAUCGAUUUUGUCCCUUUGCCCAAAAUGUCUUCAUUAUGUUAAUGAACUCAAUAAGAACAAAAGUGGCACUCAUUGUGGCCUUCUAGAAUUGUGCUGUUAAAUCAACCCUGAUGCUGUUUCUAAACGGAAAGGACAUUCAUUGUAAAAAAGGCUCAAAUGCUUUUAAAACAUCUGAUAUUAUAUUGGCCAGGGUGCUGCAAACUUGUUACACUGUUUACUAUAAAUCCAUAUCCCAUUUCUGUGGCUUGUGGCCACUUAUUUUAAAUACAGUAUGGAUAUUUGUGGAAAUUAAAGGAAAAAAAAAACAUCAUAGUCAUACCACAAAAAUAAAAUUAAGGCACUUUUAAAUUCAAAAGCUAAAUGCAUAUAUUUCUGAUUUUCUGUAUUAACUGACUACAAAACAAAAAAAACUAAUUUUAGUUAAAACAAAAGGACUUAUGAACUGUACAGAUACUAGCACUGCACAUAUAGUAUGCUUUUUGUUACUAUGAAAUUCAUGUUCCCUGUUAAUGUAAUGGAUACAAAUACAAUCCUUUUCCUGUUGUGUUUGUCUUACAAAUUUUGUCUGCCAAAUAAGAGGUUUCUCCGUUUGCCUUUGAAUUUCACGAGGCAGUGACUUGCCUUUCAACACGUUUCAGAUGAAAACUGAUUAUAUCAAAUAUCAAAAGAAUUAUUGUGGAAGUUUAAUGUUCUAUCACUAUUUAAUAAUAUGUUUUAGUAAUAUAUGUUUUAAAUAUACUGGUGAGCAAUACGGUAGCAUGCUUUAGUUAAUUAAAACAAAGACAACAAAGUUUUAAAUUUUACAUUCAAUUUCGUAAAGGGACACUACCACCUGAAUGGCAGUUCAAUAAAAAUAAUCAAUAGAAUAAUAAAAAGAAUACAUACUUUAUACAGCCCUGUGCGUGGAGCUACUCUAGCAGUAUGCCACCAAUGCUAUUUGCUUUAUAGUGACAUAUACAGCAAGAGAUGUAACUAGAAACCACCAGGCCCCUGUGCAAAUAUUGCACUGGGCCCCAUCAUGUGUCUCAUCCCUACCUAGCCCCUCCUUGUGUCUCA